AUGUUGAGCUUUUCAAAAACCCUGAAACCCUCUGCAUGUCGUUGAGUUUGUUCCUUCUGACUAACCGAGUGCUGUUUGCCUGUGUGUCUUGCCUGCCUUUGCUCUCGCCCUCCCGGCCUCCAGGGGCAGUGUUUGACCGCCAGGCGAGCAUCCGGCGCUCCCUCAUUAACACUGACACCGUGCCCCGCCGGCCCAAGAAGGUCAAACGCAGAAAGACUAUAUCAGGGCUGCCUGACAACAUCAACCAGGAGCUAGCAGCUAAAGGGCGAGGCGGAGAACUUCGGCCACAGUCCAUGUUCAUCCCAGGACAGUACUCCACUCUGGGCCGAGUGGGGAGCGUCAACUCAACUCUCCGACAUUCAGAGACCAGAGACUCGAGCUGCCAGACGGAGGAAGUGAAGAUCGUCCCCCCGUCUAUGAGGAGAAUCCGGGCGCAGAGAGGACAGGGGAUUGCCGCUCAGAUGGCCGGCAUAUCUGCUUCCUCUUCCACAGGAAGCAUCUCCAUCUCCAGCAGCGACAGCUCGGGGGUCGUAAUGAUGCCCCACCUGUUUAACGGUGACCUCUCCCGUUUUCACAGCCUCCCUCGACAAGGUGCCAGAGUGUCCCUCAGUGCUGAGCCCAUCUAUAGCAGCACGCCCAAAAAGCCAGAGGACCAGCCUCAGAGGCAGAUUGGGAAGCUUCAGGUUGACGACACAGUGGUGCACAUGAGGAAUACUCCGAGGAUGAACUCUUUACCCAGGCCCAAGUCUCAAGAAGUGAGGGGGACGCACCCUGCUGAGUGGGGUGGCAGCACGGCGUGCGUCGUCUCCCCUCAUGCUGCUUAUUCCACUUCCUACAUCCCCAGUGCCACGCUGUCUAGCUCGACUGAAGUGAUUAGCCUCAAGACCUCCAGUCAGUCAGUUUCAGCUUACCCCAUGUCUCGAGCACUCAGCCAGGCUUCCUCCACCAACACCGACCAUUUGAUGUCCAGUCCAACCGCUUUCAGCCACAGCCCAGCCUUGGCCACUUCCACCCCCACGCACACACCUCAGGACAUUUGUCUCACACCUGCCAGGCCAGCUAGUGAGUCGGGUCACUCAGACAGCAGCAUCCACAGCCGCAGCACCCUGGCCCCCACUCCGCCGUCCUGCCUACCAGAAGAGAAUUGGAUCUACGACACGCCUGAAAAUGUGAUGACUCCACACCGCACCCUGACCUCCAGCUGCUCAACCCCAAUCAACCAGCUCUACAGUAGCUUGGAACACUCCUCCAGGACCACCACCGACUCAAGCUCCCUCUACUCUCAGGAUAACGAUGGGUACUACACCUCUAUGCACCUGGAUUCGGGUCUACGCUCCCGAAGUCACGGUAGCGGGCAUGGCGCCACAGCUGGGCGAACCUCCAGACACAGCAUGUAUGAGUGUCGCGCGAUGGUCGGUGAGGAAGACUCUGGAAGCCUCUACAGCGACCGCUCCCUCUCCCGCAGCAUCUCCCUCCGCAAGUCCAGGAAGCCCCCGCCUCCCCCGACUCGCACAGACUCUCUGAGACGCAAGCCUGCAGCAAAGAAGCCCCUAGGAGGCGUUGCCGCCAUUAGCGGUGCUAAUAUGCCGAAUGGCAGUAUGCUCAGUGAGACUUUGAUUGCUAGCUUGCAACAAAGCUUACAGAUGGGACUGAGAGAAGGAAAGGGAAAGGGUGCUUCGCCCUCCUCACCGUCGCACAGCCCAAGCAGUGACUAUGAUGACCCUUGGGUGAUGCGGUCACGCAGUCAGAGCAGCAUCAGUGCAGGUAGCUCUGCAGCCUCGCUUGCAGCCAGCGCCAACGGUGUUGGCAUGCCAAGCGUGUACUCUCUCUGCCACGUCACGCCCACCCCCAGUGACACCAGCAGCUUGCGUUCUGACUAUGCCGAGUCCUGGGGAUACUACUCGGACUACCCACGCAGCCAAGUUGACCAGAGGGUCCAGACACCUCCUGGCCACGCUGCAGAUAGGGUCACAGCUGGGGGUCAUCCAGGAAAGUUUCAGAAAGCAGUUCAGACACAGGGGGCUCCAUCUCAGGAAGUAGAGGUGUCUGCAAAGAGCAAACCCUCCAACUCUUCACCGGACCGGGUGCACAGACUCACCUCGCCAUCCAGCGGCUAUUCCAGUCAGUCCAACACCCCCACAGCUGGAACGCCGGUACCCGCAUUCGUCAGGUCCAUGUCUCCGUCGGGCGGAAAACCUAGACCGAAAGUCCCGGAGAGAAAGUCGUCUCUCCUUUCCUCGGUUUCUGUCUCAUCCUCCUCUACAUCGCUGUCCUCCAACACCUCAGACAGUCUGAAGUGCUCUGGUCCCCCUCCACCACCUCCGCCACUGCUGUUCUCCUCCUCAGCUCCCACCACCCCUCUAAAUGCACCUCCGCCCUUCCCUCCCCCUCCAAGUUCUACUCCUCCACCUCCGCAGGAUAUUUCUUUCCCUGCUCACUCCACUUCCCCAGAAUUCCCUCCUCCACCGUCCCCAGACAUGCUAAUCCAUACUAGCUCAUCUUUCAAUGGGAGCCUCAGUCCACCCCCUCCCCCGCCUCUCCCUGCCAUAGGGCCCCCUCCACCUCCUCCACUUCCUGCUUUUGCUUCAGUGUGUACCUCUCCUCCUAAGAAGACAGCAAAAGAUCCUCCUAAGGCAGACCUUUCCAAUAGCCCCUCAAAGUCGCCGAAGCCCUUGAUCACCCCGUUUGCGCUGCAGAGUGUUCAGCUCCGCUCAGUUAGACGGCCAGAGAAUGAACUCAACAGUAAACCAGACAACAUCGAAACGAGUCUGGAAACCAUUUUGGGUCUGAAACAUCAGGACCAGGAGUUGUCUUACUCUCAAGGUCAUCCCACUGUACUAACCUCGUUGACUGGCUCACCAGAACAGGAUUUGCUCAAGGCCCCGCCGUCACCCGUGUCGCAGCUUCUGGAAGAGCUGUCACUGGACUGCAGCUUCACAGAUGAAACACCAGAUGGCGCUCCCAUCAACGGGGAAACCGAAGAGCAGAGUUACCGUAUGCUAAACGGUGAAGAAAACAAGGAACGUAGCUCCCCCAUCAAACAAAAGCCCCCAGCCGUUGCCAAGAAACCCAAAGUUUCUCUGAUAUUACCGUUUAGCCCAGGCGAACAUGUCCAGCCGCAGCUUCGGGAUGCAACUCCUCUAACCCAAGCAGAUGACCAAGUGGAUGCACCACCCAGGCAGAUAGAGGAGGAGGUGAUAGAGCAGAGUGAGGAACAGGAAGAGGAGGAUACUCAAGAAAGCUUUGAGCUGUCAGGGAGAGGUGAGACAUCACCAGACCAGGAUGACUCCUGCUGUACAAGUGAAGACACAAGUGUCGAUCAUGAACUUGCAAAUGGAGAGGCUCCUGACGAAGAAGAAGAGGAGGAGGAGGAGGAAGACGGACUGAGUAGCACCACUGGGUCCAUCAGCUCCAAGGAUGAUGAUAUAGGUGAGGUUUUUGAACCCAGCACGGCUGAAUCGUCUCCGGCCCCGUCAGUGAACGAGGCGUCCGAGAAGAACAUGGUGACCCCUACUCCUACCGCUACCCGACCCAGAACCACCGAGGACCUCUUUGCUGUGAUUCACAGGUCCAAGCGGAAGAUUCUGGGACAUAGGGAGUCUGAAGAAGAAAAGUCCCGAACUGGGAGCCAGCCCCAGUCUCCACCGUCGACCCCCACCAGCCUGUCUCCGGGGGCGGCGUCAUCGCUGCCCCGCCAGGCGGGCUCGAUCCAGCGCAACCUCCGCAAGACCUCCACCAGCAGCGACUCCUUCAAGGCCCUCCUCCUCAAGAAGGGAAGCCGCUCCGAGACCAGUUUCAGGAUGUCUGCCGCCGAGAUGCUUCGCUCCACUGACCCUCGCUUCCAGCGAACACGCUCGGAUGGCGCGUUGGACCCCGCUCUGGGUUCGCCCACCUCACCGAUGACCCCCAACAGCCCCUCCAGCUCUCCCAGCCGAGGCAAGAGGGCAUCCGAAGUGGAGUGGAGCCGCUACGAGGGCCUGUCGUCGCCGACGUCCUCGCCCUACUCGAUGGGCAUCUCAAAGUACGGACGCUCUCGCACGCCGCCGUCUGCCGCCAGCAGCAAAUACAACGCCCGGAACAGAAUCCUCAGCAGCCCCAUGACCGUGAUCUGCGAGCGCGAAGGAGAGCUGGCUGAGAACGAGAACGGAGAAACCGCCGAAGAUCUGUCCAACCCAGCGGUCCGGACUCUCCCCGUGCUCACGGACUCCAAUGGCACUUGAAGAGCUGAGCUCACGUGGAACAUAACCUGGAAGGGGGGUCCGAAGAGGGGCAUCCCCGAACUCCAGCCCCCUUUGCGCUGCCUCUGAAGGAGGGAUCUGAUGCCGGUGGUCACCUGAUCACGAACCACGCAAACCUGUCUGAAGUGGGGGAAAAUGGCUCUGCUCCUAUGAUUUCACUCAGUCUUCUAGUGACUCACCUCCUGUUAAAAGAAGUGGUUCUUUAACAUCUGGUGUCUUUUUAUUUAAAUGUUUUAAUCAUCCCUCUAGUUUAAUUAAAGAACAAGCAUUUGGGGGCAAGCUAAGGUGAAUUGAAGGAAUCAGAGUUGUAAACAUUUGACUUUGCAGCUGUGGUUUUUGAAAAGGCUGGAAUGUAAAGACGUGGUUUUUGCUCAGCUUGUAAAAACUUUCUGUGUUUCGCUGACUGGCUUUCGAAAGUGACUGAAAGCAGCACUGUUUACAGAGUCUAAGUGAAUGGAGGAGCAGGUACAGCAGACAGAAAGCCCGACGGUACACCUUCAACUGUAGAAACACCAGCUUUUUUUACUUUGUGCUCACGCCGUUAAUGUGUUGAGUGGUCCACGGGACGUGCAGAGGGGCUCAGUGCUGCCACCUAGAGAUGGGAUCAAUGAGGACGAUACCAAGGCUGGAUGAAAAAAACAACAAAAAAAAAACAAAUCUUGACUUUUAGUUUGUAGACUUUGCACUGUGCAUAGAUCUGUUUCUGUUUGUGACUUUGAAUUAUGUUUUAAAGAUCGUUUUAGUUAUGAGUUGUGUUUGGGAGUUAAAUAUGAACCUGUAAAUGUAUAUUAAAAGAUCUUAUUUUAUUGUCCAGGUCUUUUAGUUUUCAUGUGGGUAACCAAAGAGUUUAUUAUUAAACAGAACUGGCUGUUAAUCUGAACUCUGCCUGAGGGUGUGUUUUUGUCUGGCAACAAAUCUGUUUGAUGUUUGUAGAGCUUAAAUGAUUUCUUUUUACGAUGUCUGACUAAUUGUUUUACAAACUAUAACAUUUUAGAGCCCCGUGUUUACUUCUACAUCGUUUAUUUCUCGUUGCAGGGCGUUGGGAUUUUGUUCCUUAUUCAUUAUAAGGAGGGUUACUUCAUAGUUCUCAUGUCAAAUUUCAGUACUCUAUACUUUUUUACAUUUAGAUUGCUGUAUAAAUACAAAGAAUUACUUUGGCAAUAAUUUUCUGUGCUCAGGAAUUAAAUAUGUAACAUUGAUGAUCGAAUGUUGGACGGACGGAUGGAUAGAUUGACGAAUGGAUGGUCCCGAUUUACAAUGGACUGAUGAACCAACAGAUGAUGGAUGUGUACAAAACUUAGACAGCUGGAUUUGAGAAUACAAUCUGGAAGUACAAGACCUGGAAAAACCACUAGGCCUCCAUAGAUUUCCAGGUUGCUUAGGAGCCGUGAGCGUUUGAUACAGACAUUUCUGUUAAUAUUCCUCCUACUGCUCCUGUCCUCAUUCCUGACUUGUGUAAAUCUGUUUCUGGGGCUCACAGCUGGGUAAAUAUGCUCCCUUCAGAUUUAUGAACCGAACUGACAGGCAUGUGAUGUACUAGCCGUACCAGCCUGUGUGCCUCUCAGCCUCUGUGUGGCGAUGACCGAGCGCUUGCUUGCAAACAUCUCAGUUCUGCGGCUUUGUUAGAGGCCGGUUGGCAGAUAGGGGUGGGAGUGAAGUGCCAGGCUCCAUUUGUACGUCUGUAAUAAAAUAAAAAAUAAAAAAAACAAGGUGAUAUUUAAAUAUGUCAGUUCUCUGUGUGUGUGUGAUGCAGGGCCAUCUGGCUGCCUGACGCACCAAAUCAUAUCCUCAUUAGCGCCGUGGUCAUGCCAUGCUCCUCGGUCAUCUGGAAAGCUCAACCCCCUCCUCUCCUUUUUCCUCUUCUGUGGGGUCAUCAGUUACAUCUCCUCCUGGUCAUCCUCGUUAGGGAUCUGAGCAACAGUGAGCCGUUCUGACUCCACACUGUCCACCAGUUCAGUAAAAAACUUAAAAAAACAAAAAAAGCUUUCUGGAAGGUAUUCUCAGAGGAACAGAAAAACAGAUCUCCUCAUACAGUUUCGAGUGAUUCAGCAGUCACCUGUCCUCCACAAGCUGCCUCCAUCUGGCCAUCAGAUGGGAAUCAAUACCCUCCCCUCCCGGCUCUGAUCACACUCCAGACGCUUCCUGCUGUCCUUCUGUUAGCACGUGCAUCUGCGCGGCAUCUUCACAGGGUGCGACUAAAAAAAAAAAAAAAAAAGAGAUCAGCAGAGUAAUCUGGAAUAUUUCCAGCCAUGCGACAUACUGCAACCUGGUCAACAUGCUGCUCCGGAUCCCCAGUGUUGGAAAACCAGUCGGUGUUUAGGUGCCAUUUGAAUUGUUGAUCACUUACCUUGUUUUUUUCUUCUUCCUCCAGGAGAUGCUAGUGGAUUUUAAAAAUGUACACGUUAAACGUGUUAAAAUCUUGAAAGGCUUUUAGGGAAAUUUGAUGUCCUGUUUUCCUUGUGUCUGGUGUUUUAGUCAUGCUUCAAAAAGGAAUAUUUCACUGUAAGAUAUUGACACAUAUGAUAUUUAUCAGGUUUUAAUACAUGCAAGCUCAUUUGUGUAAACUUUGUCACAUUUAGAUGACGAAUUAAAACAAACACUGAGCAUAACAUAAGAAAAAUGUGUUGCACGUCAUGUAAUUGACGAAUGGAUUACCCAUUUAUGCAUAAAGUACGUAGCCAGGGUUUUUUUUUUUUUACACAGUCUGGGAAAUUAUUAAAUUCAAAGUAUUCAGAAUAAGGAUGGAAAAAUAAAUAUUAGCACGGCUGAUCUUUCAAGAUACUUACAUUUUCAAAACUUUAUUCCUAAUCUUGUAGUUUAAAUUUUUUAUAUCCUGUCAUCUGUUCAUCCAUCCAUCAUAUGUCAGCCAUUUGUCCACCCAUAGCCAGCUGGAACGUCAUCGACCACACAGUAAUUAUCCAAUGGCAGGCUUGUAACUGUUUGGUCCGUUGAAUGCAGGUGGCAACUUUCAAGUUUCAGUUAAUUCUUCACCAAUUCCUCCACGGAGUGGCAGCUAAAAAUGCCCGACUCUGGCAUUGAGAUUGAAACAGGAAUGUUAUGUAUUUGUUUCCAGCUACGCCUCAGUGGGCACCUUAAAUUACAUUAAACUGAGUUUGUGUUCUAAAAGAGAAAAACAAAACAACAAAAAAUUCUGCUGAAUGUCUGAACAUGAUAUUGGGAACAAUCCAGCCAUAAAUAAAACGAGUGAUUCAGCAGAGACGAAGCUUAGGAAGACGAGGGCAACACAAACAGCGGCGAAGAUCUGAUCCGGCCGAUAAAAGGUCACGAUGGCCGGGAGUGUGGAGGGCAAUCAGAACGUUUUCACAUCACAAGUUAAAUGUCACCAAAUGAAUUGUGGAGGUAAAUGUGAUAAAAGUUAAAAAAAAACAACAUGAACAUCGAUUAGUUCUCUUUAUUACUGAUGAAAACGCUUUACAUUCAACAUCACAUUGGAAACAAUUAAUCAAGAACAUUGCAUCACACAAUUACUCAUAUAAAAAGCUCAUGUUAGUGCUUAUGACUGCCUUCCUGUAAAUAUUGACAACACACUAUAAAUCUAAAAGUGUUGCGGGUUUGAGUCACACAGCACCACCUGCUAACUUUAUAUGCCUUCAUCCAUCACUAGCUCCAGAGAAAAAUGACAAUGAGUUUUCAGCGGUGUGACGCGUCCAGAAAUAGUGACUCGGUCAUUAAUCAUAAUGGAUCUGAUGGGAGAGGCUGCGGCUGAGGUCUGAGACCAGAUAAGCUGGGAUUUCUCAAAGCAGGGCCAAGUGAUGUAAAAGUAUAAAAAUAUGAGUCAACGCGAAUGAUCUGUGUUCAUUUUCCAUUUAUCAAGACGUUAGAUAACAGACCGAGCGGAAAGAAAAGAGAACCUCUGGAGGAGCUGAAGAGAUUCACAGCUCAGGUGGGAGAAUUUGCAUGCUCUGAAUGAAUCUGGCCAUUAUGGGAGAGUGUUGAGAGAAAGGAAGGAAGUCCCUUUUUUUUUUUGUCUGCACAAGCCAUGCAGAGGACACAGCAAUGAUGUGGAAGGGGGAGUUCUGGUCAGGUGAAAACUAUAUGGAGGCGUUUAGCCUAUAUGCAGAGAGCUUUGAUAGGAAGGUGGGGUUAAACGUCUUGGGCGGGGUGGACUUCAAAUUGUGGUGGAGGUUCACAGCUAAGCUCAUUCAUCUGUUAGAAUCGGCCAAUUUCUACAUCUGAGUCCAAUUAAAUGUGGCAAAACUGGAAGGUAAAUACCAUAAAAGACUUGCAACAGAAGGAAGUUUUUUUUUUUUUUUUU